AUGCAUUUAUUAAUGAAACCAGUUGGUUUGGAGGUGUUUCUAGCUCCUUUAAGUGGGACACCCAAAGGACUUGAGGAUUGUUUUAUUGAAGUUGACUCAUCAAAUUCCUGUUAUCGUGCUGGAGAAACAAUAAAAGGAAAUUUUAAGAUUAUUUUAAAAGAACCAUUAAAGGUUAAAUCUAUUGCUGUGUCAUUACAUGGUAAAGCAAAAACAAGUUGGCAUGUCUGGGAAACGAGAACACAAAGAUAUAGUCGUGAACAAAUAAAUCCUCAAUUAAGAAGAGAACCAUAUCCUUUUGAGGCAGAGGAAAUUUAUAUUGAUGAAGAGUUACAGUUAUGUAAUGAAUGUACAAUGUCACCAGGAACUCAUAGAAGAUCAUUUGAAUUUAAACUUCCUGUUGAAUUACCACCAAGUUUUGAGGGUACUGUUGGAAAUAUUAGAUAUUAUAUUAAGGCAAAAAUUGUUAGAAAUUGGAAAUUAGAUCAUAAUGUUAAACAUUACCUUUCAAUUAUUCCUUUUAUGGAUUUAAGUGCUAGUGAAAAAGCAAAAAAAGGUUUAGUAAAAGAUAUAUUUAGAGAAUUAGGUUUUUUAUGUUUUAAAUAUGGUGCAAUAAAUAUUAAUAUUAAAUUAGCUAAAGCUGGUUUUGUUCCAGGAGAAUUAAUACCAAUAAAUAUAAUUUUAAAUAAUCAAAGUACUAAAAUAAUAUCAAAAGUUGAUGUUAAACUUUUAGAGACUGUUCAAUAUAUUGCUGAAAGAAAGGGUAUACAAAUAGGUGAAAAUAGAAGUAAUGAAAAAGAUAAAAAAGUUGAGACAAGAGUUAUUGUUAGUUUAUCAGAAGAGGUUGAUGUUAUUCCAUAUACAGAACAUACAUUUAUAAAAUCUAUACCAAUUCCUCCUAUUGUUCCAUCAUUUAAUAUAUGUUGGUGUAUACAAGUAAAUUAUUAUAUAAAAGUAAAACUUUCUUCCUCAAAUAAAUUUUUAAAUUCAAUUGCUGUUGAUGUACCAAUAUUAAUAGGAACAGAACCAAUAAGAGAUGGUAAUGAACAAUUUUAUAAUUGUAAUAAAAAUUGUAUAAUUAAAAAAAAAGAUAGUAAAGAAGUUGGUGAAGAAAAUAUUGAAAAAUCUAAUUCUACCUAUAAAUUUUGUGAAAGUUUUUUUGGAAAAUCACGUUUUGAAGAUUUAGAUGACAAAGACUACCAUCCAAAAUGUCUUUUUUACGAAAAAUAA